AGCGAAAAAAAGGUGUGCAAACUGGACGGACAAGGAAAAGGCAACGGCUAUUGGUCUGAUUGUGGAAGAGGAGGGCAGAGGAUUGUUCUCAACGUUCCGUGGGGCCUCUCAAGGUGCACACGAGAAAAAACAAAUGUGGGAAAACAUCUGCCAACGCCUUAACGCAUCAGGACUUUGUGUCGAAAGAAGGUCUGUGGAGGACAUCAAAAGCAUGUUCAAAAACAGUAAAUCUCUUGUAAAAGGUAAAUUAGAUGCAGCGAAAAAAAACAGGGAGUGGUGCUAUCAAACUCUCACCAGCUGAAGAGGUCUUGGCAGACCACCUAAGGGAUGUCAACCCGCGACAAAUAGACGGCAUCCCUGGGGGUGUUGAUACGUAUGUUACAGUUUCAUCGGUGCCAGAAGUUAACAUGCCUUAUACUCCAACGGAGGAUGUUACUGUUAUGCCAUUGGUAUUCUCUGUAUCAGCUGUACAUGAAACUGCGUCACCUGACCAACUACAGCCACCAGUUUCUUGUCCUGGUACCAGUCGAGCCUGUGACCCUGCAGAGGCUCUUGAUAACAGUUUUGUCUAUGAUUCCCCAAGUAACACGUAUCAGAUUGUCAUGGACGGUGCAAGUGGAAGUACAGUCGAAAAAACAGACUUCCAGAAAGGUAAAAAAACUUCCCGCAAGCGCAACGGACUGUCAGAAGAACGCCUGUUUGCGCUAGAGGAAAAACGGCUGCUGGCAGAAAUAAGAGCUUACGACAGCCAGCAUCUCUUUUAUCAAAAUAAAAUAAGGAAAGACAAUGAAAUUCAUGAGCUAAACAAAAAACUCCUUCUUAAAAGAAUAAAUGAAGAAUAA